UAAAUUUUUUUUUUCAGAUUAUAUUGUCGCAGUUGUGAAAAAAAAUGGGUGCAUUAUUUCGUAGUGAAGAGAUGGCAUUAUGCCAGCUCUUUAUACAACCUGAGGCUGCAUACUUUUCCGUAUCUGAACUAGGUGAAACAGGAACUGUACAAUUUAGAGAUUUAAAUGCCGAUGUAAAUUCCUUUCAAAGAAAGUUUGUCUCCGAAGUACGUCGAUGUGAUGAAAUGGAACGAAAAUUACGUUAUAUAGAAGCCGAAGUAAAUAAAGAUAAUGUACAUGUACCGGAAGUUGCCGAAAUACCACGUGCACCAAAUCCUCGUGAAAUAAUUGAUUUGGAAGCACAUUUAGAAAAAACCGAAAAUGAAAUUUUAGAAUUAAGUCAUAAUGCAGUUAAUUUAAAAACCAAUUACCUCGAAUUAACUGAAUUAAAACAUGUAUUAGAAAAAACACAAGUAUUCUUCACUGAAAAGGAAGAAAUUAAUGGCAUGGAUUCAUUAACACGAGCUUUAAUUACCGAAGAACAACCCGCUGCAGCUCAACAAUCUGGUGCAAUACGGGGACGACUUGGUUUUGUUGCUGGUGUUGUUGAACGUGAACGAGUGCCUGCGUUUGAACGAAUGUUAUGGCGAAUAUCUCGUGGUAAUGUGUUUUUGCGACAAUCUGAAUUGGAUAAACCAUUAGAAGAUCCCCAUACUGGAAAUCAAUUAUAUAAAACUGUGUUUGUUGCUUUCUUCCAAGGAGAACAAUUAAAAUCACGUAUUAAAAAAGUUUGCGCAGGAUUUCAUGCUUCGUUGUAUCCUUGCCCAAGCUCUCCCAGUGAACGACAAGAGAUGGUUACUGGUGUAAAAACAAGAUUGGAAGAUUUAAAUAUGGUUUUAAAUCAAACACAAGAUCAUAGGCAGCGUGUUUUAGUUAGUGUGGCAAAAGAAUUAUCAAAUUGGAGUAUUAUGGUACGCAAAAUGAAAGCGAUUUAUUAUACAUUAAAUUUAUUCAAUAUGGAUGUCACAAAAAAAUGUUUGAUUGGUGAAUGUUGGGCUCCAGUAAAUGAUUUAACGACUGUACAAAAAGCAUUAGCUGAUGGUUCCAGUUCUUGUGGUAGUUCCAUUCCAUCAUUCUUAAAUGUAAUUGAAACAUCGGAAAAUCCACCCACUUUCAAUCGCACAAAUCGGUUUACGAGAGGUUUCCAAAAUUUGAUUGAUUCAUACGGAGUAGCAAGUUAUCGGGAAGCGAAUCCAGCUCUGUACACAAUCAUCACUUUUCCAUUCUUAUUUGGUGUAAUGUUUGGCGAUACUGGACAUGGAAUAAUUUUAACAUUAUUUGGAGCAUAUAUGGUUAUUUAUGAAGCGAAAUUAUUAAAAAAGAAAACAAAUAAUGAAAUAUGGAAUAUAUUCUUUUCGGGUCGUUAUAUAAUAUUACUUAUGGGCUUUUUCUCAAUGUAUACGGGUAUCGUUUAUAAUGAUGUCUUCUCAAAGUCGAUGAACAUAUUUGGAUCAGAAUGGCAUGCUAAUUAUAAUUCUAGUACUAUACAGGAAAAUAAAUUGUUACAAUUAGAUCCAAAAAAUCUAUACUCAGGGAAGCCGUAUCCUAUUGGUUUGGAUCCAAUUUGGCAGCUAGCAGAAAACAAGAUUAUGUUCCUUAACUCAUACAAAAUGAAAUUAUCAAUUAUUUUUGGUGUAUCACAUAUGAUUUUCGGAGUUUGCGUCAGUGUUAUUAAUCAUGUACAUUUUGGAAAUAUUAGCAGCAUCAUUUUGGAAUUUAUUCCACAAUUGAUAUUUUUAUUGCUAUUGUUCUUUUACUUGGUUGCUUUAAUGUUAACAAAGUGGAUCAUGUAUAGUGCAGCUUCACCCGAUUACACACUCACACCAACAUGUGCACCAUCUGUGUUAAUUAUAUUCAUAAAUAUGUUACUAUUCAAAAAUUCAGAUCCACCUCCAGGUUGCGAUAGAUUCAUGUAUGAAGGGCAAGAAACUGUACAACGUACAUUUGUUUAUAUUUCAUUAUUAUGUGUUCCGGUUUUAUUGUUUGGAAAACCAUUUUAUAAUCAUUUCAAAAAGAAUAAAAAGGCCCAUAGUCAAACUACAUUUACAAAUGGGGAUGUAAAUCAAGGAAUUGAAUUACAACAAACAGAUAUUAUAGAAGCAUCAAAAUCAACACCAGUAUCACAUGAUCACGAGGAGGAAACGUUAAGUGAACAAUUAAUUCAUCAAGCUAUUCAUACGAUUGAAUACGUUUUAAGUACAGUAUCACAUACUGCAUCAUAUUUGCGGUUAUGGGCUUUAUCAUUAGCUCAUGCACAAUUAUCUGAAGUAUUAUGGAAGAUGGUAUUGCAGCAUGGUUUGUCAGGUACAUCACCCGUCGGUGGCAUUGCAUUAUUUGUAAUUUUUGCAUUUUGGGCAAUGUUUACAAUUGCUAUUCUUGUUAUGAUGGAAGGUUUAUCUGCCUUCUUGCAUACGUUACGUUUACAUUGGGUAGAAUUUAUGAGUAAAUUCUACACAGGUUUGGGUUAUCCAUUCCAUCCAUUUUGCUUCAAGGCGAUUUUAGAUGAAGAAGCACAAGCAUCAGACGAAUAACAGUGGCCUAAAGCCUCUAAGGCAGCAAGCUAUCUGUUGCUGAAGGAGCUACUUGAAUCCUCGAAUACUGUUGAUACGUCUAUUGAAAAUGUUGAAACACCACCCAGGUAGUCCAAUAUGUACCUAAAACGAGGUGCCUUAUUAAAUUAUAUAUAUUAUAGAUUGUUAUAAAUUUUAACUAUUCCAGAUUUUUAUUUUCAUUUAUUUUUGUUUAAAAGACAAAUUUUAUUUUCGUCUUGACUUUAUCAGUUUUUGUCGAAACAUUAUACCAAGCUCCGGUCAAAAAUCUAGUGAUUUUCGUCAAAAAUCGGUAGUUAUAGCCAACAUAUAGCACGAAAACUACUUUUGUUUUGCAAAGUUGAAAAUUUAACAGGGUUUUAAUAUUAUAUUAAAUAAGAAAGACAAAGCCGAUCUAUCAGGUCAAAGUUAAAUUUAAAAAGACUGAUCAGGAAGGUCUUUUUCAUGUAAAUAUGGGAACCUAAUAUAUCGCGAGCUUUCGGAAACUCUCAAUGCUGUUACCGACAAACAUCUGACAGAAUCAGAACACGAUAAAUGCUUUGAUGUCUUUGAUGAAAAUAACUUGAUUUUUGACGGCAGCUUCUAAUCUCAAACAACAUAUAAGUAUUAUUACUUUUAUGUGUCAAAUCAUUUGAACAUGAAUUUUUUCAAUCAUUCCAUAAUUUUUAAUAGAAAGAGUGUUAUGUAAAAGUGUAUAACAUUUUUCAGUGAAUUAUUUUAAUUUA